AUGAAGAAACGAAAGGACCAGUUAACGAAGAUCUCAAAUCAGAACGCCGAUAGCGACGCGCUUCCCAAGAUCGGAGACGCCAGUGGGUCGUUGUUCCUCGACAUCAUCCUGCUACAACACAUGAAGGCACCUGCUUUGUACACGCUGGACGUCGUGAGGAAAGAUGCAGAAUCCAUUAUGUACGCGGGCAGUGACACGAGUACGUGUGCGAUCAGCUGGUGCAUAUAUUUUCUCGGCCUUCAUCCGGAAAUUCAAAGAAGGGUGCACGAAGAAUUGGACGCUGUUUUUGGAGAUCACGAAGACAUGGGAUGCACUCAAGAAGACCUCAAACGCUUGCAGUACAUGGAGUGCUGCGUGAAGGAGACCUUGCGACUGUGUCCUUCAUUCCCCUGCGUUGGAACUACCCUUGACCAGGACUUGACAAUCGAUGGGUGCACGUUGCCGAAAGGUGUCGACUGCUUUAUCGUCCUGUACAGCCUGCACCGAAAUCCGAACGAAUUUGAGAAGCCAGACGAGUACAUACCAGAGAGGUUCACGUCGGAAGAGAACAGUCGCCGCCACCCCUUCAGCUACAUUCCCUUCUCUGCGGGGCCAAAGAAUUGCCUAGGUCAGAAGUUCGUUAUGAUGGAGAUCAAGAUUGUACUCGCGAAGAUCUUGUCCAAGUUUACUGUAAAAUCUACGUGCCCAAUAGAAGAGCUGCAGAUGACUUUUGAUAUUGUUCUCAAAGCCAAAGGAGGACUGCCUGUGCCGUUUCGCAAGCGCAACCAAUUUUGAAUAAAAC